GCGUCAAGAAAUCAAAACACAGACAAGGACACCUAUCCAUCAACGGCCAAGGACGUCUCUCCCUUGCGCGCAUCAGAGGGCCUGCAGAUAUGCUCAUGCAGAAUACAAGCACAGUCUUGCCCUUCGUGCAUCUGCUCGAAAAAUUAAAAACCACAAAACGCGCCGGUUGGCUCAAUGAAUCCCUUUGCAAUACAGAAUCCAUCGCGGAUCAUAUGUAUCGUAUGGCCAUGCUCACGCUUCUCUGCAAUGACCCAGCACUGGAUAAGACGCGUAUGAUGGCACUAGCGCUUGUGCAUGACCUGGCAGAAGCGAUUGUGGGUGAUAUUACACCGCGUGAUAAUGUCCCUAAACUUGAAAAGCAACGACUCGAACAAGCCGCUAUGGAACACAUCUGUACCGUCACGCUCCCUGUAGGCCAUGCAGGAGCACGCAGGGAUAUCAUGUCGUUAUUCGAGGAGUAUGAAGAACGGGCGAGUCCCGAGGCGCGGUAUGUCAAGGAUCUUGAUACAUUUGAGCUGCUUGUGCAAGUCACAGAGUAUGAAGUGCGUGAGGGCUUUCGGAAAAAUUUGGGUCACUUUCUCGAUGGCAAAGAGACCAUCAGUCAUCCACAAGUCCGUGCUUGGCGUGAUGAAGCCCUUAAGGAACGAGAUGCACAUUGGCAUAAGUUCAAGAUGGGUGAAGCUGCGCAAGAGAGCAAUGAUACGGUGCGUGCGGUCAAGCAGGCCCUUGAGGCAGAAGCCGAUCAGGUCGCAACUUCUUAGGCACGCGCGAUUUCUAAUGAAAGAAGCAUUCAUCAUAGACCAACCAUUCAGCAUUUCUAUCUUGUCGUGUAAAACGAGUCUUCAUUAAA